UCGUCAAAUUGCGGUGGUUUAGGGCAGUGUUGCCGGCGCUAAUAAAGAGUUGGCUUUUCGGAUCAAGUUUUGUUGUUGGUUGACGGUUGCGAAACAAUUACACCGGAAAUGAAUAAUUCAUGCGGUCCAAAUCGAGCUGAAAAUGUCGUGAAAAGUGAAAACCCAGCCCGGGGUUCGUAUUACGGAAGAAAGUGAGUUGGAGUUUCGUUGAUCGAAAUUUCAAGCCCAAGGAUUCAAAGGAAGAGAGAAGCAACAAAACACAGUGUCGACAGUCUGUCUGGAAGUUGUGGGCAAAUCGAAUUAGGGGAGGGACGACAGCAGCAGCAGCAUUUUCCACUUCUCGAAGCAAGGAAUUGGGAUAGGCACCGAGCUGGCAACGUAAAUACAAAAAAAAACUUCCCAAACAAGGAGUAAGGAGAGGAGAAGGAGUUGGCAGCAAAACAAAACAUGGCUGCCGAACGCGACUACAUCGGCUUCGCCACCCUGGCCGAACAGGUGCACCGAAAGUCGGUGAAGCGCGGCUUCGAGUUCACGCUGAUGGUGUGCGGCGAGAGCGGGCUCGGCAAGUCCACGCUGGUCAACAGCCUGUUCCUGACGGAUCUGUACGGGGCGCGGUCGGUGCCGUACGCCGAGGAGCGCAUCGAGAAGACGACCAAGAUCGACAAAAAGACGCUGGACAUCGAGGAGAAGGGGGUCAAGCUGAGACUGACGAUCGUGGACACGCCCGGCUUUGGGGACUCGAUCAACUGCGAGGACAGUUGGCGGGUGUGUACGCAGUACAUUGACGAGCAGUUCCGGCAGUACUUUACCGACGAGAGCGGGCUGAACCGGCGGAACAUCCAGGACAAUCGGGUGCACUGUUUGCUGUACUUUAUACCACCGUGGGGACAUGGACUCCGUCAGCUGGACAUGGACCUGAUGCGGCGGAUGCACAAAAAAGUUAACAUCGUGCUGGUGAUCGGCAAGGCGGACACACUGACCACGACCGAAGUGCAAAAGCUGAAGACGCGCGUCCUCGAGGACAUCGAAGCGAACGGGAUCCAGAUCUAUCAGUUUCCGGACUGCGACUCCGACGAGGACGAGGAGUUCAAGCAGCAGGAUCGCGAGCUGAAGGCGAGCAUUCCAUUUGCCGUAGUCGGCAGCAACAUCAUCCUGGAGGUCGCCGGCAAGAAGAUCCGGGGCCGUCAGUACCCGUGGGGAGUGGUGGACGCCGAAAACCCGCAGCACUCGGAUCUGAUCAAGCUGCGCAACAUGCUCAUCUCGACCCACAUGCAGGACCUCAAGGAUACGACGCGGGACGUGCACUACGAGAACUUCCGGGCGCAGUGCAUCUCGCAGAUCUCGCAGCAUGCGCUGAGGGAGCGCAACAAGCUGAAACGGGAAUCGAUCGCUUCCAGCCAUGACCCGCAGGCGCAAACGCCCAACAACAGCAUCAACGAGACGGAUCGGCUGCUGCAGCAGAAGGAGGAGGAGAUCCGACGAAUGCAGGACAUGCUGACGCAGAUGCAGGAAAAACUGAAAUCGACCCAGCUGAACGAUGCCGUCAUCGACGUCUAGGGUCGAACGUCAGGACAUCUCGUUCACCCAUUCAUAGCCACCACCACCGCCAGCCACCACAAUUUUCCUUAAGCAAAAAAAAAUGCGCGCAACAUUUUGGUGGAUUUUUCCGUUCGUAGUUUAACGAGCCUCUUAAACGUCAAGAAAAAAUCGUUGAUCGACACGGGAAGGAAGCUGUUGUCGUGCGAAUAUCCUGGUCUUAAAAAGGAUAGCGAAAAGCACGAUUCAGACAAAUUUAACGGAACCCAAGCGAACAAAAAAACGACUAUAACAAAAAUUUAGCAUCUCUCGCGGUAACCACUUUGAGCAUCCCAUAACGGUAGAGAAAACAUUUCAUUGAUGUCUAAGGUAAAAUGUAGUAAACACAGUAAUCGAUUCACGUUAUAAUGGAAAGACAAACCAACCCUUAGUAAUAAUUAUGGAAGAGACGCUAAAACGACCAAAGAACACAAUCAGCCACACAAAACAAACAAUAGAACCACCAAAAAACAAAAAAAGAGACAAUUGUAGAAAAGAACCACAUCACUUACCCUUACACAAAAAAAAAUCGUGCAAUAUCGAAGAAGACAAAAUUUCCGCAAACUUACGUUAACACAGAGAAAGGUAGUUCGAAUAGGUUCGACGUUUUAAAAGGUGGAACGAUCAAAUCAGAAAAAAAGCGUUCCAGUUGUUAUUUUCCUAAGCAUUAACUAUAUUUUACAUAGAGAAAUAUUUUGAGUGCAAAAUUUGUGAGGUGACACGUGCAGAAGGAAGGAGUCGAGAAAUUAUUUUGUAUUUAUAUUUUGUUUGCUUUUUAUAGUCUUUAUUUCACCUACAAUUUACAACACCCCAGGAAUAGGUUUGACCCAGUGAAACAUUAUUUAUUUGAUCGAACACUUUCUUUUUGAGAGCUAUUUAUUUAAUACCAAUACACAAACCCACACCGAUACGCCAGUGCGUAGAAUAAUGUAAAUUCAACGUCUUUACUUGAUUAUGAUUGUAAUUUUUUUUCCGAUGGUGUUCGGUUCGUAUGUCUGAGUUAUUCCGAAUCUCAUCGCGAAACAGGUGAAUGAGAGAGAAAGUAAAACCACAAACAACAGUGCAACCAUUAUAAGUAUUGCUAGAAAACUAGAUAUUUCAAUAAAAAUUCAACUAAAACAUUUA